AUCAGCAGCUGCAACAACAGCGGCAACAGCAGCAGCAGCAACAGCAGCGACAGCAACAGCAGCAGCAAUAGCGACAACAGCAACAGCAGCAGCAGCAACAGCAGCAACAACAGCAGCAAUAGCGACAUCAGCAACAGCAACAGCAGCAAUAGCGACAACAGCAGCAGCAGCAGCAGCAACAGCAGCAACAGCGACAACAGCAACAGCAGCAGCAACAGCAACAGCAGCAAUUGCGACAACAGCAGCAGCAGCAGCAGCAGCAACAACAACAGCAGCAAUAGCGACAACAGCAACAGCAGCAACAGCGACAACAGCAACAGCAGCAGCAGCAGCAACAGCAACAGCAGCAACAGCAGCAGCAGCAGCAGCAACAGCAGCAACAGCAACAACAGCAGCAACAGCAGCAACAGCAGCAGCAGCAGCAACAACAGCAGCAAUAGCGACAACAACAACAGCAGCAAUAGCGACAACAGCAACAGCAGCGACAGCGACAACAGCAACAGCAGCAAUAGCGACAACAGCAUCAGCAGCAGCAACAGUAACAGCAGCAACAGCGACAACAGCAACAGCAGCAGCAGCAACAGCAACAGCAGCAAUAGC